AUGCCGAGGCGAGGGUUUGUGACUGACAAGCCGUCUUUUGAUGUGGGAUCAUCACUGGAAGACGCCAAACUCAUUGAAUCUCACAACAUCGCGAAGGAACCCGAGAAGGAUUCCGCCAAUAGCCUCGAACUUCCCUGGCAGAUACGCCCCAAGAGGGGCUCGCGUGCGGGGAAUUCGGGGUCAGAAAGCGACCUUGGCAUGCGGAAAGCGAGGCCUUCGCCUUACGAGGUCGAUCUUCUGCGGCUAAUGCGUAGGGAUACAUCGAAUAUUGCCCAACUUUCAGCAGAGCCUGAAAAUGUCUCAAAUUCCUCAGAUAAUGUCCAAAGAGCUGGUGCUGUAUCACACAUCAAGUCACCCAGAGAGAGAAAAGCAGCGGUGGAGGGCCAGCCACAGCCCAGAAACGGUGGAGAGCACUCGCCACAGAUCAGUUCCCAAGUCGUCCGUUGGAUGCUUUCGAAUGGCUCAAGAUACGAGAGAGACUGGGACCUUUUGUCCAAAGGGAGUGGCUCAACUGGCUUCCCGAGACGGAGCAUUUACACGCUGAUCAUCGACAACCAAGGGAGCACCGCCAGAGCCACGCAGAAGAAUCUGGGCCCAACAGACCAUGAAGAGACUCCGGACAGACAGCCUCGUCACACUGCUUUUACGGCGUCUAUUGGAAACGAAGAUACUUCAUGCAGAGAAAAGGAGGGCAGUUGCAUUCCAGAUGACCUCUGUGCGUCUGUGACGAGACAAAGAUGCGCCAUGAUUGCGUGGCUACUAGCCACAAUUGGUGCCACAGGUCGACAAUCCAGCGCCCAAGAUCCUCUGUGGCAUGAAGAUCACUGCAAACUAUAUCUCAAAAUCGCAUCAUUCUUCAGGGGAAGUACCCAGUCAGAUUCCCCAAGACAAUUGCAUCUCAGCUGGCCAAGGGUUCAGCCCCUUCGCGUAAAACAAUUAGGUUUAGCGGAGGGUCUAAGGCCUCAUGUUCGGCUUCGAACUCGUCCGCCACAAGUGUAG